AUGUUUAAUAAAAAAUUUAAAAAACAAGUUUCUAUUUCUUUUCAAGAUCAGGAUAUUAAAGAAUAAAACAAUAAUACUACAACAUCCAAUAUGAAUUAAACAAAGAAACCUAAAAAUUGGUUGAACUAUGAUGAUGAAGAAAAUACUGAUUAAAUUAAAAAAUAUGUGAGAUUAGACAAUAAACCAUUAGUAGAAGUUUAAAAAGAUGUUAUUUAAAUAGAGAAUUAUGAAUAUUUAAAGGAGUUAGAAGAAGAAAAUAGGAUGAACAAUUACUUAGCUAAAAAAAGUUUGGAAAAUGUAGAGGAAAUCAAUAUCAUAGAUUUAGAAAAUGAUGGAAUUUAUGAAGGUGAUUUAAAGAGAAAUUAACAUCAAUAAAAUGUUAUAAUAAUAGAUGAAACAGAUAAUAACUUAAUUACAGAUAUGGAUAACAAAAGAAUGAAUAUGAUAGGUAUAGCCAAAUAAUAGAAGCUUUUUUAUGAACAUAAUUCAGAUGAUGAAGAAUUUAAUAGAUUUGAGAAAAAUAUUAUUAAAUCAAAUAAAGUUUCAUAUGAUUAUGCUAAUAAUGGUUUUAAGACUUUUAAUUUUAAUGACUCAUAAUAAAUGCAUUAUUGUAGUUUUAUGGAUAAUUUUUCAUAAAUAAAUUUAGAAUCAAUAAUUGGAAAUCUAUAAACUAUAAUAUCUUAAGAGAUUUUCAAAAGAGAUAGAUUACAAAAGGAAGUAGAAAGAUCUACAUCAGCUAUUCAUUCAAGUGAGAUGUUAAUUAAGACUUGGUAAGAAUAGAAUUAAGAGUUAUAAAAAUAAUUAAGAGAUUUUGAAUUAGUAAAUGAAUAUUUUCAAUGUUUUAAUGAUAUGGCAAAAUAGAAAGUAAGAAUAUAUAAUUAAUAUUAGAUACCAACUUUAUUUAAAUUAUAUGAUGAAUUUGAUGAAAUGCGUGAUGAAUAUUAUAAUUUGAUUGAAGCAAGAAUUGAAGAAUAAGAAUUAAUAUUUUCUGAAUUAUUUUAGGGAUUACCAAAUGAAAUUAUUCUCAAUUAUGCUAAAGAUAUUUGUUUACAUAUGGAUGAUGUAGAUGAAGAAUAUGCAGAUUUAGAAAAGAUAUGUGAGAAUUACUUUAAUGUAAUGUUUGUUGUACCUAAUGCUAAAGUCUUAUAGCCAAUAUUUGAUUAUCAUGUUUUAGUAAGAUUUAUUGAAUUGUAUUGUGAAAAUAUGGAUGAUUGUGAAUCUGAUUUAUUUGAAGGUUUAGUCUCUGAUAAAUCUUUAUUAUGUUAAUUGAUAAUGUAAUGUAGAUUUAUUAAAGGAUUAUUAACAUUAAAUCCAAUUCAAACCAAAUUUAUUUAACAAUUUUUUAGAUCAAUUUUAAAACAUACAUAUUAAUUUUUAAAAUAAUCUAAUGCAGAAGAAGCACAAUAAUGUUUGAAUUAUAUUAAAUCAUUACUUGAUUCAGUAUUAAAAUCAAUAUACAAAAAACCUUGUAUAUAUGGACCAUAGAUAGUUGAAUACUUAAAUUUAAUGAAAGAUAUUCUACCUAAAGAUACACUUGAAAAGUUAAUUAAAAAUUUUUAAUGA